CUCUCUCAACCCUCCCUCCACCAACAACAAACCCCCCACACCACUCAUUAUCCAACCAAAACAAAGACAACCAAUUAUCUAAAGAUGAAGUCUCUCAUUUACCUCAGCUUCUGCGUUGCCUUUGUCGCCGCAUUGUUCACCAGCGUUCGUGCCCAAGAUUUCAAUGAGGAACAGACCGGUUUCGCCACCAUGAUGUCUUUCUCCAACGCCACCGACGUCGGUCUCGAGAAGCGUGGUGGUCGUGGUACUUGGUACUCUGGAAACGACUUGAAGAACGCUGCUUGUUACGAUCGUAAUGGUCUCGCUCCUUACUCUGCCACUAUCCACUCCAUGAUCGGUGCCAUGGCCAUGCGUAAAUUCGAGAACUGCUACAAGUGUAUGAAGAUUACCAACAACAAGAACAAGAAGCUCACCGUCACUGUUCGUAUUGUUGACAAGUGCGCUGGCUGCAAAGUUGGCAAGGCCAUUGAUUUGACUCCUGCUGCCUUCAAGAAGCUCGCUCCCAAGGGUGACCUUAACAUUGGUGUCCUCGACAUCAGCUGGAAGGCCGUCAAGUGUGGUUCAUCCAAGAACUGGCCCAGCAAGCCCAAGAACUAAAAUCACAUACACAAACAAAAAAAAAUAAUUGUAGAAAAAAAAAACAUCAAACAAUUGACAAAAAAAUAAUAACAAUAAUACACCUUUCCUUCCCUUUGGUGUCUUUUUUUUUUAAUAUUAUUUUUGCAUUGAAUUCUUUCUUUUCUUCACCAUUCCUUCUUGCCCAUUUAACUGUCAUUCCACCCUAUGGGUUUGAAUAAAACCAUUCAUCUCAUACACAUAUAUACAUAGCUAUUCUUGCUUUUUAUUUAUUUAUUUAUUUAUAUAUAUAUUUUUAUAUAAAGAAAAACUUAUGUUACUCU